GGCUAGGCCCGACAUGGCUCCGCCCCGCCGCUUUAAGGCGCUGCGCGGCCGCGCCGGGCUGAGACGCGGCGCGACGCGAUCGGAAGAGCUGGGAGAGCUACCAUGCCGAACUGGGGAGGCGGCAACAAAUGCGGUGCCUGUGGCCGCACCGUCUACCAUGCCGAGGAGGUGCAGUGCGACGGGAGGAGCUUCCACCGGUGCUGCUUCCUCUGCAUGGUCUGCCGGAAAAACUUGGACAGCACAACUGUAGCGAUUCACGAUGCUGAAGUUUACUGCAAAUCUUGCUAUGGAAAAAAGUAUGGCCCGAAAGGUUAUGGGUAUGGCCAAGGGGCAGGCACGCUGAACAUGGACAGGGGAGAGAGACUAGGCAUCAAGCCUGAGAGCACGCCCUCUCCCCACCGACCCACAACAAACCCAAACACUUCAAAGUUCGCUCAGAAGUUCGGAGGGGCAGAGAAAUGCUCGAGGUGUGGCGAUUCUGUUUAUGCGGCAGAGAAAGUAAUAGGAGCUGGGAAGCCGUGGCACAAAAACUGCUUCCGAUGUGCCAAGUGUGGGAAAAGCCUAGAAUCUACAACCCUAACUGAAAAAGAGGGAGAAAUCUACUGUAAAGGUUGUUACGCAAAGAACUUUGGCCCCAAGGGAUUUGGGUACGGCCAGGGAGCGGGCGCCCUCGUUCAUGCCCAGUGAGGGGGCACCGCUCAAAACCCCUUGCAGCUCUGCUGAAAUCCUGCUACAAGAAAGAGAGUUUCCUAAAUGUUACUAACUACUGUGAAACUGAUACUAGUUACUGUAGUGCCAUACAGUCAGCAGAUGAUGGUUUUGUUUUUGUUUUUUUUUCUUUUUCAAAAAGCACUGCUUUUUUUCCUUGCUUUGUGUAUCACACUGUAACACUUUUAAUACUGAGUACCAAUUCAAUAAAGCUUUGCUUGUUGAUGUAUCCUAAA